CCUGCACACAUCUGCACCUGACGCUCAGAGAACACACAGACAGGCAUGUCUACUACAGUGGCUGCUCUCCUGCUCUUUUCAGCAGUGUUCUGGGGCAAGACGGAAGCGUUCUCUGAUGAUGCCAUGGACUGCUGUCUGUCGACUUCAGGACAAUUGGUUCCACGUCACAUUGCAGUGUCCUACAUUGUGCAAGGCCCAGAUACUGGCUGCUCCCUAUCAGCUACUGUGUUCAUCACAAGGAAAGGCAAGAGGCUAUGUUCUCCACUUGCAGACGACAAAGCAUAUCCUUGGGUGGCAAAACUCAUGGCACACCUGGAGAAGCUGCAAGAGAAAAAGCAUCCUCAGCAGCAGACGACCCCUCUGAACUGUGCUGAAAUACGCAACAUCCUCUUUCAUUGUCUGUCUGCGAUGUCUUCCACGGGGGUUAGCAGUCUGUGUGUGGCUCUCUGGCUCACUGGACUCCUAAGCAGCAACUGGACAGUGUCCUUUGGGGAUCAGGCAGUGGACUGCUGUUUGUCAGUCAGAGAUCUUUCUAUUCCACAUCAAGUUCUUGUCGGCUACCACAAGCAACUCAAAGAGAAUGGAUGCUCCAUCGAUGCUAUCUUAUUCCAAACCAAGAAGAACAAGGUUCUGUGCGCUCCCCCUGAUGCCCCGUGGGUCAAAGAACGGAUGAACUGGCUGGACAAAGAACUGAAGAAAUGCCAAAAGAACGGGUUCAAGGGGAAGCGCUGUCAAGCCAUGAAACCCACGUCUGCUUGAAAGAACGCACAGUGGUGAACAAAGCUGGAGGUUAAAGUGAUCAUGGCAGCUAAACAGCUAAAUUAUCAAUGUUGUCUUUUCUUUAAUGACAUGCCUGAAAAAAUGUUUCUGCUCUGCAUUGCAAUGUUUCACUUUAUGUUUCUGUAGUACAAAUAAGCUUUUUUACUACUUUCAUAUUCCAUUAUCUGUUUUCUAAGAAACUCCAAAGAUUUGUCAUCAUUAUUGUUCUGUUACUUGUAGAUGAAUCAAUAAAUGAUUGAAGUUUAAGCAAGG